AUGAGAGAUAACUCAUCCAUAGAGCCUUUGCUAAAUAGAAUAGGCCCCUUUAAUGAGUACCCUGAACUUUAUGAUACUCCUGAAGCAUUUGAAGCACUCAAAUCUGGUAGAGUUUUAGUUAUUGGUGCGGGGGGGUUGGGAUGUGAAAUAUUGAAGAAUCUAGCAUUGACAGGAUUCAAAGAGAUACACGUUAUAGAUAUGGACACAAUCGAUUUGAGCAAUUUGAAUCGCCAGUUUUUAUUUCGUCCAGAUGAUAUUGGAAAAAGUAAAGCUGAAGUUGCAUGUGAAUUUAUCCGUGAUAGAAUCAAUGAUCCCCAGUUGAGAAUUAUACCCCAUUUUAUGAAAAUUCAAGAAAAAGACACAGAUUUUUACAAGGACUUUCAGCUAAUAGUCAGUGGAUUGGACUCUAUUGAAGCAAGAAGAUGGAUCAACUCAACGCUAUUUGGAAUAGUCGAGGAUUAUAACUUGAUAAUUCCGUUAAUUGACGGAGGCACCGAAGGAUUUCGAGGACAAAGCAGAGUUAUUAUUCCGGGAGCAACAUCAUGCUUUGAGUGCAGUUUGGAUUUAUUAAGUCCAAAAGUUACUUAUCCAGUUUGUACAAUUGCAAACACUCCCCGACUACCUGAACAUUGUAUUGAAUGGGCCAAUCAAAUGGAAUGGCCCAAGAAAUUUCCUGGAAAAAAGUUUGAUGCUGAUGAUCCCGAUCAGGUCACAUGGAUGUAUCAAGUGGCGAGAGAGAGGGCCGAGCAAUUUGGCAUAGAUGGCGUGACAAGAAGUUUGACUAUGGGUGUUGUGAAAAACAUUAUCCCAGCUAUUGCCUCGACCAAUGCAAUUAUAGCAGCCAGUUGUUGCAAUGAAGCGUUCAAGCUAAUGACUAGUCUGAACCCGGUACUUGAUAAUUAUAUGAUGUAUUCUGGGGAUGACUCCAUAUUUACCUACACGUACUCAUACUCAAAAAAGACAAAUUGUCCAAUAUGUGGCAAUGUCUAG